AUGACGUCAAAUUCCUUCUCGCUCGACAACGCGAAGAGAUCUCUCCAUGAGGACGGUUUCUUCGAACUGUCCGGCCCAGAUGUGGGGACACAAAUUGCAGAGAUGGAGGAGAAACACUUUCCCUUCCUGACGCCCUACGGCCUGACCUUCCUCAAGACGCUAGUUAUAGACGAUACGCGUAUUCGGCAUAUUCUCGAAGCGUCCUUCGAAAAGUGUACCCUGGGACACUGGUUGAGAUAUAGGGCAUUACCAGGUCAUAUCGAAUCCUACUUUCGAAACGACCGAGAUCCAGAUAAUCCUGAUGAUGCUGGUCUACAUGGCCUUGCCGUUCAGUUGUGGGCAAAAGGUUCGGCCGUAAGGUAUUACCGCGGCUCACAUCUAUUGAGUUUCCCUACCGAGGAAAGUGAACGACGCUUGUACGAAACGUCCAAGGACGCCAUGGAUGAGGCAGGGUGCCCUGCUGAGGAUAUAACUUUCCCAUCGGGCGGCUUGUAG